AUGACCACAGACCCACAACCAACCGAAAUGACCGAAGAGGAGCGACACGUCCAAUACUUAAUGGCCCCCUUCAUCAGCAUUCUGGACAAAGUCUUCCGGUUCAACCUCCCCUGGGAAGAAUGGGGCUUCGUCAUCUUCCGCGCGACAGCAUAUGGCCCCGACCACGAGGCCGAAUGGCAACGAGUCCGACAGCGCUGGGACGAGAUCAUGGACGAUCUCCUGGCCCCACUUCGAGGAAGUGACCCGCGCGUCGACAAGGCUAUUGAUCUGAUUCGGUUCCAAUGGGUUGAGGAUCCGACUCUGGAUGGGGCCGAGCCGGCGGAGAUAGCUGCACGAUAUAGGCAAAUGUCACCGUCUCGAGGGUUGGAUCACAGUGUCUGCUUGGCUGUUACUCGGCCGGCGCUGGAGUCUAUCCUGGAGGCUCCUUUGCCUUCUUCUGCUCCUCGUCGCGAACGCGCGAAGAUCCCGUUUGUGGUUACUGUUGCUUCCUUUACUGGGACCUUGCCGCCGGUUGAUGAGGAGGAGGAUAUUGCCGGGCAGGAUUUUAAGGGCUAUUUUAAUGUUGCUGUGGAGGGGCUUCUAGACAACUUCUUCCCUAUUAUUGCACUGGACAUGAGGGAUCUUCAUGUUGUGGCUGUCAGGCUUAGAGGGGAGGAUAUUUGGUGUUCCAGUGAUCGAUUUGGAGUUCAUAGGGUUACGGAGUGA